GGCAUUUUCUAAAACAAAUCGGAAAUAUUAUACAAACAUCGGCGAUUGAAAAUUCGAAAAAUUUCACGUAGCUGUGACACCACGUGACCCACUUUAUAAUAAAAAAAAUAGGGGCUAUUGUCGGAUUAUUAUUUUAUUUUUUAUUAGCAAUUACAGUGUAAUAAAAGACGGUACGGGCCGGGAGCAGUGAUAUAAGAAGUUGCAACAGAUUUUUAAAUUAUCCGUAAUUUGUGCGUUUAUGUCGUUAUUUUUGCGUAUUAUUUGGCUUGAUCAAUAUUAUGGAAAAAGUGCAGUACUAGGAACAAUUUAUACUAAUUUAAAUUGUUGUUAUGAAUUUAUGGGUCCAAGGAGCUGAGGGGAAACAAUAAACAUGUCUACUCAGCUUCUUAUCUCGACACCUUGUUGGCCUAAAAGCGCCAACGAUAAGGCCAACUACAAGAACGAACUGGACAUUAAUGAAAACAGUUUGGGGAAAAGGAUUCUGGUUAAAAUCGCCGAAGAAGAUUUGAGGGAAACGGAAAGUGCAAAAGUAGAAUGCUUGAAGCAGUUGAAGAUUUGGAUUCAACAGAAUACGGACAUCGAAAAUUGCUUAAUGGAUGAUAAUUUUCUUUUGAGAUUCUUGAGGGUAAAAAAGUUCAGCAUACACAUGGCCCAACAGACUCUCCUGAAAUAUUUGAAUUUCCGGAAAAGAUUUAAACCAUUCUUCUAUGAACUGGGUAACAACGAUGCCAAAAUCAAUGAGCUACUAACAAAUGGAUACAUCUAUGUCAGCCCUGUCAGAGAUUCAAAAGGAAGAAGAGUUGUCAUCUACGAUUUAAGUAAAUUCGAUCCAAAAAAGUACACAGGAACUGACAUGGCACGCGCCCACGUGAUGACAUACGAAAUACUGUUGAUGAGCGAGGAAAAUCAAAUUUUGGGAGUGACACAUGUGGCUGAUGUUCGAGCUAUCAAUGCUUCCUUUGUUACGCUUUUUUCAGUGACAGAUUUUGCAACAAUUAUUAGAUGGGGAGAGCAAUCGUUCCCAAUGAGACACAAAGAAAUCCAUUUCAUCAACAUGCCGCAAGCAUUAAAAUACGUCUACGAUUUCGCAAAAAACAACAUGAGCCAGAAGAUCAAAGAAAGAAUUAUGAACCACGACUCCAAACUGGAUUUAGUACAAAAAAUCAACCAAAGAUCAUUACCGGCAGAAUUUGGAGGCGACAUUUCGUCCAAAGAUAUGAUAUGCUGGUGGAAACAAGAAGUAGACUCAAAAAAGAAAAGACUCAUGGCCAUGGACGACAUGAAUCUUCUGAGCGACAGAGGCAUCAUUCGAUCAAAGAAUUCGUCUAAGAGCAAUCCAGAAAAUAUAAUCGGUAGUUUCAGAAAAUUAGAAGUAGAUUAACUGAAACAUGUGCUGCUUGCCCAAACUUGGCUUAGUUUUAAAUUUAAUAAGUUUUAAUUUUUGAAAUGUAGUGAAAAAUCUACAGGAAUUUUAAAACUGUUAAAUGGCAGGGUACUGAAAGAUUUUGAAAAAUCUUAACUUUGUUAAAAUGAAUAGGCAAAUUUUCUUUGCAGUUCAUUAUUUAACUUAUUAUAAAAGAUUGUAAAUAUAUCUUGAAUAUACAUAAAUAUAAACCUUCGAUCAAGUUAUUAUGUUAAAUAUUAUAACCACAUUUAUUUCACAAUAACAAAAAUAUUUUUUUCUACUGAACGUGUAUAACUAAAAGUAUAUUUGAACCAAAUGUAGUACUUUACUUUUAAAACAUAAAAACAUAAUAUAAAAUUAUUAAUAUAGAAUAUUAUACAGGGUGGUCCGAACUGUAUUCCGGAAACUUCAGUAGC